AACCAGAUGAUCCUGAACCCAUUAUCUCAACUGCUAUUAACUGUAUUAAUGGUCAAGAAUGGGAUGCAGUAGAUAAUAAUCGUGCACGUGUCAUGUAUCUUGAUAAUGAUUUAUUUGAGCAUGGUCUUUAUAAUGGAUCUAUUGAAAUCAUCAUCGAAUUAAUCGAUGAAGACACAGUCAAUGCCGUAUUUCCAGCACCACUAAGAAUAAUCACU